AUGACAACUAUGUUCAUUCAUGUGAGCGGCACAGGGGUGGUAGAGAUCAGCUUGGAUGAUGAGGCGCCGACUGCAGGACCUGAUGGGCAGCUCGUUGUACCUAAGUAUCGCGUGACCAAGCAGCAAGACCUUCCACCCAGACGUCGCAUAGGACGCUUCGUGGCUGCGGUGCAGGACCACCUGGCAGAGACCUGGCACGGCAAUGCACUGCUUUCUCGUGGGCCUCGGCAGUUUGCUGCAACGGAGCAUCUCUGCUCCGACGGAGAUGAUGGCCAUGCCUACGCUUUUGCGCUGGCCAACUAUUCGCGCCUGGGCCCCAAAGCUGACAGCGGGCCCCUGGAGAUCCCCACGGAGCCUCCGAUCUUGGGUGAAAAGCAUUAUGGAAAGCAUAGAUAUGAUGACAUCCAGGGCCCCGAAGGCCAAAUCCACACAGUUGGCGAUUUCUUCCGCAUAAUUUCUGUCUUGCAGGAGCUCUGCGGGAUUACGAUCCAGCAGAUCCAGGACCUCAUGGAUUUCGUCCGCGAUGCAGUGGUGUUUUGGAGUGGGACCUUCGGGAAGGAAUGGGGCACGCCUCUGUGCUACGAGACAUUCAACCUGUACCAUGCGCGUGAUUGGGUGAUCCAACCCGUUGGUGGCCGAGACUUCGGCGGCCCAGCAACCUACGUGGUUCGUUUCGCACGCAUGGGUCGAACCCGUGGUUCACUUCCUCCAGUGCGCGCCCUUCGAGGAAACUUUGCGUACUGGGUCUGCGCCUAUGCCAACAAUCAGCAUGAGCUCGAGGAAGAGAUCCCGGACAACCCUCGCAAAACAUCGUUUUAUCGGGCAAUGCUUCUUUGCCGCGGAGUUCUGCUUGUGCUGGAUGGUGAUGCCACGCCUUUUCGGCGCAUUUGGUGCUGCUUCGAGGAAAGCAUUGCUGUUGAGAACCGCGACUCUGCUGGCCUUCGCCUAGAUGUGGCCACGGCGGAUGGCACAACCGCCCAUGUUAUAACGGAUGGCCUGGCAGGCGAGGAGACCUCCGUGCUUCCGGUCCUCGGACUUCUUGCCAAGUCCCGUCGCGAGGAGGCCUUACUAGCAUUGUCUUUUGAUAAAACGGGGCUCGGGAUCCAGAUCGAGCAAGCGCAGGCCUCUCAGGAGGUGGACAAGACUCGCAUCCUCAACAGCAUUGCGUUCCCCCGGUGUGACACCAAAGCUCUUGAUGCAAGCUAUCAGGAGAACCAUCCAAACUACGAGGUCGUGAACCAAUGCCUUGCGUCGCACUUUGCUCUGAACAGCCUCUAUGGUUGUUAUGCAGAAGGGCAGGACCCCAGUGCUUUCCUCAACAGCUUGCGCGCAGAUGCACAGCGAGCCACCGUGCAACUCAGUUUAGCAGGCUGUGCCCGGUUUCGGGACGCGGAGCUUUGCUUUCUACUGGAGCACCUGCCCAAACGGCUCCUGAGCCUCCGCCUGGACCUCAUUUUCACUGGCCUGGAGGCCUUUGGAUCCUCCGAAGAAGGCACUUUCGGCUGUGACGCCUCCUGCUUCGUUUGCCCCAACUUGCGGACACUACAGCUGCGCUUCAUGGGCAAACUCCGCGAAGCCCGCGGGCUUGCGGCGUUCUGCAGUCCGGUGCUGCAGUAUCUCGAACUUUGGUUCUCCAAUCUUCCGCGGCUUGAGGACCUGCAGCUGGGCCACGAGAACGCGGCCCUGCUUCUAGGUCUGAAGAAGGAUGUUUGCUUGACUUUACUACGCUCUUAUUUGCUCUUUGGACUUUAA